AUGAAUUAAUAGAUACCAUAGGAAUAUUUCAUUUAGAAAUUUGCAUCUUUACAUUUGAGUGAGAGUAAGAAUAUAAAAUUAAUCGUAGCUGACGAUGAUACUUCAAGAAGUCAAAGUCCAGUUUUAGAUUCUCGUUUGAAGGAGCUUUUAAAUGGAUUGCCAGUUCAUAUAAAAUAAAAUUUAGAAAAUUUCAAACCCAGCUCAAACUUCUAACUUUCGAAAUAAAGUGAUGAAAGCAUUUACUUUGGUUUGAUGGAGGGAAUCUUAAAACAUGGAGAAGGAAUUUAACUGUGGCCUAAAAUUGGAAAUUUAUUAAAAGGGUAUAAAUGAAGAUUUAAGUUUUCUUAGGACUUGGUAAAAUGACUUACUGGAAGGUGUGUGCACCAUGUUUUAUGCCAACGGAGACAUGUAAUUAUUGUAAUAAUAUAGUAGUUUUGAAGCUUAUUUCUCAUAAGGCACGACAAUUGGUUAUGGUAUGUUUAAAUCAGAGAAAAAAGUAGUAAAAGGUAUAAACUUGGGUAAUCUAUUUAAGGAAUCUGGAUCAAUAAUCAGCUCCAGGGAGAGGGAUAAGAGUUAAGGAGCGAUGGUACUACUUAUCAAGGAUAAUUUUGGGCUGGUAGGAAGUAAGGGAGAGGCAUAUAAAUGUUUGCCGACAAAUGCAAGUAUAAAAUCUUUUAAAAAUUUUUUCAGAUAUGAAGGAUUCUUUCAAAAUAAUAAAUUUGAAGGAGACGGAAUAUUUACAUGGAGUGACGGUAGUUACUACUCAGGUCAAUUUCAUAAAGGAUUAAUUAGAGGAUUCGGUAAUUACAAUAACAAUAAUGGACUUUAAUUAAUUGGACAGGUAUAUUGUAGUGUAUUGAGUUUUUUAGUUUUAGGAGAUGAAAAAGACAGAUAUUACCGAUUAGAAUCUUAAUAAGAAUCUGCAAACCAUUACAUUUGUGAAUCAAUACAACUAAACGUUGCUGAUCGAAAAGAUACGCAUUCUCUGAC